AAAAACAAAGGUGUGAAGGUGCAAUCAAAAGAGAGAGAGAGAGAGUGUAAUGUGCAUUGUGCUGUCCGAAGCACAAACCCCAUCAACUUCUGACAUCACUUUUCUCGAUCCCCCGCCUAUCGAUACCACCACUGCCCACUGUCCGGCGGCGGCGGUGGAUCACCACCUGGGAUCUUCUUAAACCUCUCUAAUUCUCUGCCCUAUUCCUUAUCACAGAUCUAAUUCAGUAUUCUCAAACUGAUUGAAUCGACUCAGUAAUGGCUGCGCAGAACCAAACGGAUCAAUUUGAGGCUUAUUUUCGCAGAGCAGAUUUGGAUCAGGAUGGUCGGAUCAGUGGUGUUGAGGCUGUUUCCUUCUUUCAAGGCUCUAAUUUGCCUAAACCAGUCCUUGCUCAGAUAUGGACAUAUGUUGAUCAAAGUCGUACCGGUUUCCUUAGCCGCCAGGAAUUUUUCAACUAUCUUAAGCUUGUUACAGUGGCGCAGAAACGAGAGUUGACCCCAGAAAUAGUGAAAGCUGCACUAUUUACGCCAGCUUCAGCUAAAAUUCCUGCCCCACAGAUAAACCUUGCAGCUGUAGCAGGUCCUCGUCCAGCAAAUAGAGUUGGUUCUGCAGUGCCUCCAGUUAGUCGUGCUGCUCCAACAGCAGCACCAAGUUUUGGCAUUAGGGGUCAACAGGGUUUACCAGUUACGCAGAGCCAGUAUAUGCGGCCUCCUCGACCCUCCGUUCCAAGCACCAGUUUCCCAUCUCAAUCAGGUGCUUCUAGUCAAGGAAUGCCUGGUGGUACCAUGGCAGCUUUUAGUCAAGCCAAUUCUUCUGAUUGGCUUUCUGGUAAUGGUGGCUCCCAAGCAGCUGUUACUUCCCAAGCUCCUAAUAUCAUUAUAAAUUCUAGAAGUCAGGAUGGAUUUGAUCAUGCUUCUCCACAACAGAACCAACAAAAGACCACUUAUUCGGCGACACCAGGUUCAUCAAAUUUAAAUGAUGCCACUCUGCGUGGUAACCAGCCAGAUGUUAAGGAUCCUAAAGCCGUUCCAGUUUCAGGAAAUGGAUUUGCAUCUGACUCGCUUUUUGGAGAUGCUUUUUCAGUUGCAUCAGUUCAACCAAAACAAAACUCCGCACCUAGUAUAUCUUCUGCUGGCAGCUUUCCAGUCUCACCAGCCAUUGUCUCUGCAUCUGCAGGGCUCCAACAUCCAGUAGAGGCCAGCCCAAUUAUUUCACAAGUUGCACUUCCCCAGAAACCAGUAAAUCAGCAUCAGCAAGCUCAGUUGACUGGGAGACCAAACAAACAGGUCUUAGUGCCAAGUGCUGGUGCAAAUCCUAAUGCAGCUGGAAAUUCUCGUUCCAGUCAGUCUCAGAUUCCUUGGCCAAGAAUGACCCGGUCUGAUUAUCAGAAGUACAGCAAAGUAUUUAUGGCUGUGGACUCAGACAGGGAUGGAAAAAUUUCUGGCCUGGAGGCAAGGAACCUCUUUCUAAGUUGGAAGCUGCCUCGAGAGGUGCUGAAACAGGUGUGGGAUUUAUCUGAUCAAGACAACGACAGCAUGCUGUCUUUAAGGGAAUUCUGCAUUGCGCUUUACCUGAUGGAGCGGCACAGGGAAGGUCACCCUCUUCCUUCAGUCCUUCCGACCAAUCUUAUUUUCGACGAGUCGUUAUUACCUGCUUCUGGUCAGCCUGUCCCACCACAUGGUGCUGUUGCUUGGAGACACACACCAGCCACCCAGCAAACACAGGGGCCAAGGGUUGUUCCAGGACAGAUGGCUUCUGGCGCUCCAGGAAGGCCUCCACGUCCAGUUCCUAUUCCCCAGCCCAAUGAAGUUGUGCAGCCUGGUCAACAGAAGCCUAAAGUUCCUGCACUGGAGAAGCAUCUUGUUGACCAACUUAGUCAAGAGGAACAGGAUGCAUUGAGUUCAAAGUUCCAGGAAGCAACUGAUGCAGAAAAGAAGGUCAUGGAAUUGGAGAAGGAAAUUUUAGAAGCAAAAGAAAAAAUUCAGUUCUACCAUGCAAAGAUGCAAGAAAUAAUUUUAUACAAAAGUCGAUGCGACAAUAGACUAAAUGAGAUCACCCAAAGAACUUCUGCUGACAAAAGAGAGGUUGAGUUAUUGGCUAAAAAAUAUGAAGAGAAAUACAAGCAGACAGGAGACGUUGCUUCUAAAUUGACCAUUGAAGAGGCCACCUUUCGGGAUAUUCAGGAGAAAAAAAUGGAGCUAUACAAGGAAAUUGUUAAAAUGGAUCAAGAUGGCAAGACUGAUGGUAUCCAGGACCGUGCUAGUCACAUUCAGGUGAAUCUUGAGGAGCUAGUAAAAUCACUGAAUGAACGGUGCAAAACUUAUGGUUUACGAGCUAAACCAACUACACUGCUUGAGCUUCCAUUUGGUUGGCAACCAGGCAUCCAAGAGGUUGCAGCAGACUGGGAUGAAGAGUGGGAUAAGUUUGAAGAUGAAGGAUUCACAUUUGUGAAAGAGCUGACACUUGAUGUGAAAAACGUCAUUGCCCCUCCUAAAACAAAGUCAUCAUUGGUUCGUGAGAAAGCAUCUUCUUUAGCUGAACAUGAUUCUGGAAAAUCAUCUGCUGAUGCUGAUACUGAUGCAAAGAUAGAUAAGCUGUCAAACCAUGUACAAGCUAGAGAAGUUAGUGACAUGGAAUCUGCACAUGGACAUCAGCAAACAGCAAGAAGUCCAACUGAUAGUCCAUCAAGGAGUAAUGUAGUUGAAAGCCCGUCAAAAGAAGUCCAAGAGUCUAUGUACGGGAAGGAUGUCAGUUUUGAUGGUUCACCCCAUGGUGCGCAAAGGAAGGAGACUAGUUUUGAUGGUUCACCCAAUGCUGCCCAAAGUGAACACUGGGGUACUGAAUCUGUGUUCUCGAGGGAUAAAGGUUUUGAUGGAUCUGGCUGGGGUACAUUUGAUACCAACUUUGACACUGAUGCUGCAUGGGACGUCAAUUCUGUUGCAAAGGAUUCAGAUCAUGACAAUCUCAAGGAAUCUUCUCUUUUUGGAGAUGAUGAUUGGGGCUUAGCCCCUAUUAAAACGGGGUCCAAACAGUCCAACACACUACCGAAUCAAAUGCCAUCCUUUGAUUCUGUUCCUAGCACGCCAAGUUACAAUGCUGGGAUAGACAACACGUUCCCCAAACAAAGCCCUUUCUUUGAUUCUGUUCCUAGCACGCCAAGUUACAAUGCUGGGAUAGACAACACGUUCCCCAAACAAAGCCCUUUCUUUGAUUCUGUUCCUAGCACUCCAAGUUACAAUGCUGGGUUCAGUUAUUCAGACAACGCAUUCCCGAAGCAAAGCCCUUUCUUUGAUUCUGUUCCAAGUACCCCAAGUUACAACUCUGGAUUCACUCAGACUGAUAACUUGUUCUCGAGGCAAAGUCCCUUCUUUGAUUCUGUUCCUAGCACACCAGCUUAUAAUUCAGGAGGCUCCCCGAAUGCAGAUAAUAUAUUCCAGAAUAAGAGUCCGUUUGCCUUUGGGGACUCAGUUCCAAGCACACCUAUGUACAGUUCUACAAACUCGCCUCGCAGACAAAGUGAAGGGUUUGAAGAAAACUCGAACAGCUUCUCCAGAUUUGAUUCCUUUAACAUGAAUGAUAGUGGCCCCUUUGGCACUCGUGACUCUCUUUCAAGAUUUGAUUCAAUGCGCAGCACCAGAGACUCUGACUACGAUCAUGGUUCAUUCCAGCAACGGGACUCAUUUGCUAGGUUUGAUUCAUUUCGCAGCACCGCAGACUCUGACUAUAAUUUUGGGCUCUUUCCUCCUCGCGAAUCACUAAGUAGGUUUGAUUCCAUGAGUAGUACCAGGGACACAGAUCAUCGUCAUGGUUUCACAUCUUUUGAUGAUGCGGAUCCAUUUGGUUCAAAUGACCCAUUUAAGACGUCGGCCGAGAGUCAGACACCAAGGAGAGAUUCUGAUAGUUGGAAAGCGUUUUGACGGGAUGAUGGAGUACUAGUGCUAAGUCAUUUUAUUCUAUUUCAUUUUUAUCAUUUGGCCAGUUUGUUGUUUGUAGGUAUGUAAUGUUGUGACUAGAUAAAAACAUGUGUGCGGCAUGCGUUGCUAUCAAGAUAUAAGCUGUGUUGUACUAUUAUUUUAUUAGCUUGAUUUUUUUUAAAUUCCAUGUGAAUUUUGACCUUUUCCACCACAUUAUUUUUUCGGAACUUCAAGGUGGACAGAACUUUUGCUGGUCACCCCUAUUGAAUGUAUAAAGUGUAUAAUGAGCAUUUUUUAUCAGAGAGUUAUUUUGUUUUAUGAGUG